AUGGAUCCUAGUUCUGUGUUAGAGCAGACUGUUCAAGAUAUAUCAAACCUUCAGUCAGAGUUUGACUUCUUAUUGAAAGAAAUAAAAUCUGGUGAUUUGAAAUUAUAUGAUCACAAGAAGAAAUACCAGCAAAAUGAUUCUAUAAUCCACAAAUAUAUUAAGGCUCAUGGCUCACUAGCAGUGCAGCCAGAUGAACAAGAAUUAUACAAAAACGUUAAAGAAGAGCUGUUGAAAUGCCAGGAUAUACAGAAAGAUAAAUGUAUUUUGGCAAAUACAGCUCUAUUUCUAGUAUCAAAACAUUUGGCAAAGUUGGAAAAAAAUAUAGAAAUGUUAGAAGAAGAUGGUUUAUUGGCACCAUUCGAAGAAGAGGUUGAUAGUGGAAAUGAAGGUACAAGAGCAAGUUCAGUUACUAGUACUACUUCUGAAAAGAAGAGGAAGACUACUGCACCAUUAGAACCUGCUUCAGCACAACCAAGUUUGAAGAAAAGAAAACAGCAAAGUCGGACAUCAUCGAGACAGCCAGAACAACCAACCAAACCAAGUGGUCAAAAAAGUGGUACUCCAGUACCUGGAGUGGAGGGCAAUUACGAAUUACAAGAUUUAAGUAACGAUUUAUUUUCUGCCUAUAAUAACAAUGAAGAUGAAGAGGACAAAACAUUAUACUGUUUUUGUCAAAGUGUAUCAUAUGGUGAAAUGGUGGCAUGUGAUGGUCCAACUUGUAAAUAUGAAUGGUUUCAUUAUGGUUGUGUCAACUUAAAAGAACCUCCCAAAGGUGCUUGGUAUUGUCCAGAUUGUACUCAGGAACUCGCCAAAAACACGUUGAAGAGAAAAAGAGUAUGA